AUGUCAGAUUACAACAGAGCGCUACCAUUUGAUGUUCCUGCUUCCGGCCUUACUUUUGCCUAUGCUCUUGGCAAUGAAGAAAAACCCAAGCAAACCAGAAAAAAUUGGACUGCUGAUGAGGAUAAGUUGCUCCUUGACGGCUAUGCCAAGUAUGGCAAUAAGUGGAAUAGAAUUGCGGCUGAUAUAGAAGGGAGAAGUGGUAAAGGAUGCCACGACAGAUGGAACAAUCAUUUGAAACCGGAUGUCAAUAAGGGUUCCUGGACAUUGUCAGAACGCAAAAAACUAAUAGAGCUGCAGGAAACGCACGGAAAUAAGUGGAAAACAAUCGCCGGGCAGAUAGAGGGCAGGACUGCUAUGCAGGCUAAAAAUGAGUUCCGCCG